CUCCUUAAACUCACAUUACAUUUAUUAUUACUUUGAUUUUGUGCAACUACUUUGAUCCCCACCACCACUUUUCUUAUUCCUUCUUCAUUUUCCUUCAUACUCAAAACACCCAACUCACCAUUCAUUUUCAAUUCAUUACUUUUCUCUCUCUCUCUCUCUCUCUCUCUCUCUCUCUCUCUCUCUCUCUCUCUCUCUCUCUCUCUCCCUUUCUCUCUCUCUCUGUCUCUCAACUUAUAAUCGUUUUAUUUGUGAUCGAGUUGAUCGAACAUAGAAAACAAGCUGUGAAAGCAACAAGUCAAGAGAUACGGUGGAACCAACAAAGGAAAAUGUUACAGAGGGCGGCAAGCAAUGCGUAUUCAUGGUGGUGGGCUAGCCACAUUCGGACCAAACAGUCAAAAUGGCUCGAGCAAAGCCUUCAAGAUAUGGAAGAGCAGGUUGCCAAUGCUCUGAACCUUGUUCAAAAAGAUGGCGACUCCUUCGCGAAGAGGGCAGAAAUGUAUUACAAGCACAGGCCAGAACUCAUCGCCUUCAUCGAGGAAAGUGUUCGGGCUUACAGAGCAUUAGCCGAACGAUACGAUAAACUCUCCACCGACUUGCAAAAAGCCAACACCACCAUCGCUUCCGUUUUCCCAGAUCAACUCCCUUAUGAUACAGACUACGAAGACGACGAUAACAACGCUCCUAAAUCUCCCACAAACACAGCUCCAGAUCCACCCAAGGCUCCAAAACUCCCAGAACCCAAAGACGUCAAGCGUUCGCUUACGAAAACCCAAAGCAAGAAGGAAACCAAAGUAGAUGUUUUGAAUUCCGGUUUGACUAAAGAAGAGGCUGUUGAAGAGAUCGAUAAGCUUCAGAAGGAUAUUCUUUCGUUGCAAACGAUGAAGGAGUUCACCAAGAGCUCGUAUGAAAACGGGCUUGCAAAGUUCUGGGAAAUCGAGAAAAAGGUGACGGAAAUGCAACAAAGAGUUUGCAGUUUGCGAGAUGAGUUUAAUGUAACCAAAGAUAUCGAGGAUGAUGAUGCUCGUGCUAUAAUGGCGGAGUCUGCUUUGAAGUCGUGUGAAGAGACAUUGACUCAGUUACAGGAGAAACAAGAGAAGUCAACCCAAGAUGCUCAAUUGGCCCAUGAGAGGAUCGAGAUUGCAAAACAGAAAUUCAAAUCCCUUAAACAAGAUUAUCUCAAGGACAAACCUGAUCAAGAAGAAGAAGAAUAUAAACUUGGAAAGGAUUCAAAGGAUCUACAGAACUCAAAUGAAAAGGAGCUACAAGAAAGGAUCAUAGAAAACCUCGAGAAACUAUCCAAGAAACCUUCGACAGUUACAGAAAUGGCAGAUACGGUUGAUAAGCUCGUGAGCAAGGUAAUUAGCUUAGAAACUUUGGUUUCAUCACAAACUGCGCUUAUCGACAGGUUAAGGAUGGAAACAGAUGAUCUUCAGACACAGAUUCGGAACUUAGAAGACGAUAAAUCAAACUUGAUUGAUGGGACACAAAAUUUGGAUAAAAUGUUGAAGGACAUGGAGGAAAAACUGAAUGGAGUACAAGAUUUGGACAGGAACAUCGAGAACCAAAAUAACAGCCUCAAGAUGCAGCUCACUGACGCAUGUUCCAAGCUUGAGCAUUUGUCUGAGAACCUUCAAAUCUCUCUGCAAGAUGAUCAUGAACAUGCAAAACCCAAGAUCAUGUGUAUGGAAGAUGAACAUUAUCAACAUCAGAUGGUGGAGAAGAUCGAAGACGAUGUUCUUGAACCUGAAUCACAUGAGGAAAGAGUGAAGGACGAGAUGGAUUGGCAAGAACUGUUGUUGAGUGGUUUAGAUAACAAAGAAGCUGAUGAACAUGAUCGAGAUCAGAUAGUGGAGAAGAUGGAAGACAAUCUUCUUAAACACGAAUCACAAGAGGAAGGAGUGAUCAAGGAUGAAAUGAAUUGGCAAGAAUUGUUGCUGAAUGGUUUAGAUGACAAAGAAAAGGUUCUUUUACAAGAGUAUACUACGAUCUUAAGGAAGUACAAGGCUGCUAAAAAGGAACUUGCAGAAGAAGAAGAGAAAAACCAAGGAACUGUCUUUGAAAUGAAGCUACAAGUAAGAGACCUCGAAACCUUGCUAUCAAAAAGAGACAUUGAAAUUCAACAGAUGAAACAAAAGCUCAAACUUCUUCAAGAAGACGAAGGUAAAGAUGAUGUAUCAGAAGAAAAAGAAGUAGUGGACGAGGAGGACGACAUCAAGUCUAUCUUUAUGGUAAAAUCCGAACCCGUUUCCGAGAUUGAAGAAAAACUUCGAACAGGUAUUGAUGCGAUACUCGAUGAAAAUCUUGAAUUUUGGUUAAGAUUCAGCUCGACAUUCCAUCAAGUACAGAAAUUUAAAACGGAGGUAGACGAUCUACAACAGGAUAUUACACAACUCAAGAGUUCAGCUUCAAGAUCAGAAAUCAAUCCCAUAUACAAACACCUUAAAGAAAUACAGAACGAACUUACAAUAUGGUUAGAACAAAGCGUGUCUCUGAAAAACGAACUACAAAGGAGAUGCUCAUCGUUAUCCAUCAUUCAAGAAGAUAUAGCAAGGGCAUUGAGGGAAGGAAUGGAAGAAGAAGAAAUCAAGUUCAGCACGCAUCAAGCUGCGAAAUUCCAAGGUGAGGUAUUGAACAUGCAACAAGAGAAUAGAAAAGUUAGCGAAGAACUCCAAGCAGGUUUAGACCAUGUCACAGCUCUGCAACUUGAAACGGAAAAGACUCUAAGAAGGUUAGAGGAUGAGUUUGGGCUUUCGGAUCACGACCAUAACCAGAAGCACCCACGGUUACAAAGCCGAUCACAUGUGCCCUUGAGGUCUUUCAUCUUCGGGGGUAAAUCAAAAAAGCCAAAGCCUUCCAUUUUGGCAUGUAUAAACCCCAAUAAGAAACUUAGUGUAUCAAAUGGUGGGGUUAUGUAAAAUUUUGUUGUAUUGUUUUGGUCUGUAUGUAGGAUUAUAAAUAUAUUUAUCAAACUUCUUGUUGGUUGGAUGCAA